CUCGGGCUGUCAAGUAAACGUAGUACACGUUUUUAUAUGUUCAAACAAAUCAACUAUGACACAAAAAUCUUAUAUUGUUCGUGAAGCAAAAGUGGUCUUGGUUGGUCUCAGUCGGUCUCAGUCGUAAGAUAAAUAAGCGCCUCGUUGAUUGUAGUCGAAUCUACAGCUGUUGAUAAGUAAAUUGUUGGUACGAUAAGUGUCAGAGAAUAUUUCGUCCGAGAGUAACAAGCCUUGGGUUGGAAAAGUAAUCGACGCGAAGAUGAGAGAGGCUGGAAUAAUGUUGAUAAGUACAGCGUUAACAUGCGCUGUAAUAGGCAAUGCUUAUUAUCAAAGAAAACAAUUUUAUCCGACAGUAGUUCACAUAACCAAAUCCAACCCCAGUAUGACGGUAAUCUACGCGCAAGGUUUAAUUCUAGUGUUUAUGAUAAAUGCUUUUCUUCGGAAGAUAUUUUUUGGUACUCUACGUGCUGCUGAACUUGAGCAUUUGUUGGAAAAAGUAUGGUAUGCAGUGACUGAGACUUGUCUAGCAUUUACAGUGUUUAGAGAUGACUUCAGUCCCAAAUUUAUAGCGUUAUUCACGCUUCUCUUAUUUUUGAAGUCAUUUCAUUGGUUAGCAGAAGAUCGUGUAGAUUAUAUGGAAAGAAGCCCAGUGAUAACAUGGCUGUUUCAUCUUAGAAUUGGUACUCUACUGGGAUUUUUGUUUGCUAUAAAUUUAACUAUGAUUCAUUAUGCAUAUAAUACAACAGCCACAAAAGGUCCUUCUGUACAACUUGUAUUUGGUUUUGAAUAUGCUAUACUUUUAACUGUUGUAUUCAAUAUUAGUGUCAAGUAUAUACUACAUACGAUAGACCUACAAAGUGAAAAUCCGUGGGACAACAAGCCAGUAUUUCUGUUAUACACAGAAUUAAUAAUUGGGUUAUUGAGGGUUCUUUUAUAUGCUGCGUUUGUUACUCUCAUGAUCAAACUGUAUACUUUACCCUUGUUUGCACUUCGCCCAAUGUAUUAUACGAUGCGAGACUUUAAAAAAGCUUUCCACGAUAUCGUGAUGUCGCGCAGAGCUAUUAGAAACAUGAAUACGCUAUAUCCAGAUGCAACAGCAGAAGAAUUGGCUGCAGCUGAUAAUGUUUGCAUAAUAUGCAGGGAGGAGAUGAUAGCGGCGAGUAAAAAAUUACCGUGUAAUCAUAUUUUUCAUACCGCUUGUCUUCGCUCUUGGUUUCAACGCCAGCAAACAUGUCCUACUUGCCGUUUGAACAUAUUAAGACCAGUUACUAAUAACCAAGGAACCAGGCAGCAGAAUCAGCCACAGGCAGGACAACAAGCGCAUCAAGCACCGCAAGCAUUAAGAUUCAAUCCAAUGGUUCGAGUCUUACCUGCAUUCUGGGCUGGAUUGCAAGCUCCAGGAGCGGCACCGCAACAACAAGCUCCAGGAGCGACACCGCAACAACAAGAUCAAAAUAACGCUGGAAAUACUGCUUCAACUUCAUUUCAGAAUUUAGCAGCUGGUGGUGUACCAUUAUUUCCACCCCCCUUUCCUACGAUGGUACCAUUACCUCCCAUUCCUACGCCGCCACCUAAUUUAACAGAACUGAGCGAAGAAGAACUUAGAGCAAUGGAAGGUAAUUUGCGGCAGGGCGUCGAAGCUAGGAUACAAACGUUACAGAGAGUUCAGCUUUUACUGGAUGCUGCCAGUGCGAUGAUGAACCAGUAUCAAACGGCAGCUGCAACUGCUAACAUUCCAGUGCCAACUGCUACAAGCGAUACGAACCGAUACGUUGCAUCGGAUGUUUCUUCGAUGGGACAACCAGGAACAUCAAAAGAAACAUGCUCUACAGUUGAAAACGAGCAUCAACAAGUUCAAGCCGAGACGAAUGUUCCUACUACAAAUACUUCCAGUGAAAGUACGAGUACGUUAAUAGGCACAAAUAGUAACGAUGUCGCUCCAGAAUCAUCGAUUAGGAAUGAGACGGAAUCUUCGAGCGAACAGGAUAUGUUGCGGAGGCGUAGGUUACAAAAAUUUUCAACUCAGCUCACAACAGAGUAAAUGUUCGUAAAAUUAUGUGAUAACUUGUGUAACAUAAUAGUUUGUACCUUGAUUAAUGACUGGCCUGGUUUGCAAAUAAAUAUUUGAGGAAUAUGUAACAAUUAUAAAUACGAGCUCGGAACUCAAAUUUAAAGGCAGAAGUUAAUAUUACAAUAUCGAUAAUUGUGUAUAAAAUAAUGAUUUUAAAAAAAAAAUAUACGACACUUAUUUUUUUUUUUAUGUAAACUAUUAUAGAAAAAAAUAUAAACAGGCAAAUUAUAGAGUUUCAAAUAUUACAUGUACCUUCAAAGUACUCGAUUAGUUUGUGUUUGUAUAUAUCCUUUACACAAAGUGAUUUGCAUAACUUUUGUAUUCAUUAAAUUGCUUCUGUACUCUUUGUCUAAAAGUUAUUCAAAUCUCAUUUUUAAUCCCUAUAACUUUUAUAUUCGAAAUGUAGUAUAAAUUGUUUAAUGGAUUAUUUUUCAUUCAGGUUAAUCUACAGAUUUCGCGAAUUAUAGUACAUUUUUAAGGAGUGCUUGUGUUUGUACAUGGGGGUGGUAAUAUAAUCGAUUUAGAUAACUGUCAUUAUAUAUAAUAAAUUUAUUUGUCUAUUUAA